CGGUCGUGCGGGCGGCACAGGAGCCUAGAAGGAGAUGGACACCCAGCUGAAGGCGGAAAUAUUGCCGGACAGUCCGGAGCAGAAGGCUCUGGUCAAGGAGAUGAAGCGAGUUGAGCUUCAGUUGCAGAAUCUGGACAGAAAGACCCUGAAGAACGAGAACGAGAAUGUUGUGCAACAUCAACCUGCCUCACCAAGAUGGAUCAGAAUAACACCAACAUUCAAAUGCUUCACUCAGCCUUGGGUCUCCGCCAAGCGCCGCGGCGCUGUCGUAACUGCCUGCCGAGGAUCCAUCCAUGAUCCGAUCCGGGCAAUCAGUCGUCGGGCGUUCAGAACGCCUUUAUUCUUCAUUCUUGAUCAUUUAUUUUUUAUUCCAAAAUAUGUUUCUCAGCCAUUUAGUGGAUCCUUGCGCCCUUCCGCCACGUAUUCAUUCUGCAUGAGUACUUUUUCUGCGAGUCCACUCACGAUCGCAGUCACGGAAAAGCAAAAGAAGGCUCUGGUCAAGGAGAUGAAGCGAGUUGAGCUUCAGUUGCAGAAUCUGGACAGAAAGACCCUGAAGAACGAGAACGAGGUAAAUCGUCAGCAAUAUCUGUGCCUCGCCUUUGCGCAACGUCAACCUGCCUCACCAAGAUGGAGCAGAAUAACACCAACAUUCAAAUGAUUCACUCAUCCUUGGGUCUCCGCCAAGCGCCGCGGCGCUGUCGUAACUGCUUGCCGAGGAUCCAUCCAUGAUCCGAUCCGGGCAAUCAGUCGUCGGGCGUUCAGAACGCCUUUAUUCUUCAUUCUUGAUCAUUUAUUUUUUAUUCCAAAAUAUGUUUCUCAGCCAUUUAGUGGAUCCUUGCGCCCUUCCGCCACGUAUUCAUUCUGCAUGAGUACUUUUUCUGCGAGUCCAAUCACGA